AUGCUAUUUUCCAACAAUUCAUAUGUGCCUCCCCAAUUUUUUGUUCUUAAUGGAAUUCCUGGUCUGGAAAGAGUACAUAUAUGGAUUUCCCUCCCACUCUGCAUAAUGUAUAUCAUCUCUCUUGUGGGAAAUCUUGGUCUUGUCUACCUCAUUUAUUAUGAAGAGUCUUUACAUCGUCCAAUGUAUUUUUUUCUGGCUAUGCUCUCCCUCAUUGACCUACUUACCUGCACCACCACUAUACCCAAUGCACUUUGCAUCUUCUGGUUCAAUCUCAAGAAAAUUAACUUUAAUGCCUGCUUAUCCCAAAUGUUCUUCGUCCAUGGUUUCACAGGUGUGGAGUCCGGGGUGCUUAUGCUCAUGGCUCUCGACCGCUAUGUGGCCAUUUGCUACCCUUUGCGUUAUGCUACUAUACUCACCAACCCCAUCAUUUUCAAAGCUGGAAUUGCCACCUUCCUGAGGGGAGUGUUGUUGAUGAUUCCUUUCCCCUUCUUGGUCAAACGUUUGCCCUUUUGCAAAAGCAAUAUCAUCUCCCAUACGUAUUGUGACCACAUGUCUGUGGUCAAGUUAUCUUGUGCCAGCAUCAAGGUCAAUGUCAUCUAUGGUCUGAUGGUUGCCCUCCUGAUUGGAGUGUUUGAUAUUUGUUGUAUAUCUGUGUCUUACACCAUGAUCCUCCAGGCAGUGGUCAGCCUCUCAUCAUCAGAUGCUCGACAGAAAGCCUUCAGCACCUGCACUGCUCACAUAUCUGCUAUCAUCAUCACCUACGUUCCAGCAUUCUUUACUUUCUUUACCCACCGUUUUGGGGGACGCACCAUUCCCCCGUCUCUUCACAUCAUUGUGGCUAAUCUUUAUCUUCUUCUUCCCCCUACUCUAAAUCCCAUUGUUUAUGGGGUAAAGACAAAACAGAUCCGAGAGAGUGUCAUAAAGUUUUUCCAGGGUGAGAAAGGCACCGGUUGA